AUGCGAAGCUACAAAUCCGUAAUGCUAAUCCGGCGGCUUUUGUGUCUCAAGAAUUCCGGCCAUGGCUACCGACGCCUAUCCCUUCUGUCGAGCACUCCUAUCAACAACACUGAUGAUUUAGUAGUUGUCGAGGGUAAAGCGAGCUCAAGAACAGCUAUUCUCAACAGACCUUCAUCGCUCAACGCUCUAAACACAUCCAUGGUUGCUAGGCUUCAGAAAUUGUACAAGAAUUGGGAAGAUGAUCCUGAUAUUGGGUUUGUAGUGUUGAAGGGUGGGGGCAGGGCAUUUGCGGCUGGUGGAGAUAUUGUUACUCUUUAUAAUAUGAUAAAAAAAGGGAAUCUGGAAGCAUGCAAAGAAUUCUUCCACACAAUAUAUAGUUUUAUAUACUUUCUUGGUACUUAUUUGAAGCCACACGUGGCUCUCUUAAAUGGGAUUACUAUGGGUGGUGGGGCUGGAAUCUCCAUCCCAGGCACAUUUCGGGUUGCAACUGAUAAAACUAUUUUUGCCACACCCGAGACAUUGAUUGGUUUUCAUCCAGAUGCAGGAGCAUCCUUCUACCUCUCCCACCUUCCUGGUUAUUUGGGAGAGUACUUGGCUCUGACUGGGGAAAAAAUGAAUGGGGUCGAAAUGCUAUCAUGUGGGCUUGCAACUCACUUUUCUCAUAUCACGAAACUUCCUUUGGUUGAAGAACAACUGGGAAACUUGGUGACUGAUGAUCCUUCUGUUAUUGAAACUUCUUUGGGAAACCAAGGAGAUAGUGUCCAUCCAGAUCAGACUAGUGUUAUUCAAAUGAUUGAAAAAAUUGAUCAAUGUUUCAGCCGAGAUACAGUUGAAGAAAUUAUUGAAUCAUUGGAAAAUGAAGCAUCCAAAACAAAUGACAUUUGGUGCCAGACAACAUUGAAGAAACUUAAAGAAGCUGCACCAUUGAGCUUGAAAGUUUCUUUAAAAUCUAUACGAGAAGGUAGGUUUCAAACUCUGGAUCAGUGCCUUGUCCGCGAGUAUAGAAUGUCCCUACAAGGAAUAUCCGGGCAGAUCACUCGUGAUUUUUGCGAGGGCGUUCGAGCAAAGCUGGUUGAUAAAGAUUUCAAACCCAAGUGGGACCCACCGAGCUUGGAACACGUGUCCCAAGACAUGGUCGAUCAGUAUUUCACUCGUCUAUCUGCUUUCGAGCCUGAACUCGACCUACCAACAAAACAACGAGAAGCAUUUAUAUAA